CUACAGUGAGUUACUCGUCCUCUUUUCCAGCGAGCUCUUCCAGCCUCUCCCCCGUGGCUAGCCUUCAUUCCUGACUAAGAAGUUCCCGAAGAACCCAAAGCCUUCAAAAUGAAGCUGACUCUUCUCUUGCUUCUUGUAGCCGUCUGCGUGGCCGUUGUGUUGGCUAAUAGAAAGGAGUCUGGCAAUGACUCGGAGAAAAAGGGCUGCAAGAAGAAAGUUCAUGGUCCAUCAGAUGGCAAUGGUGAACGCCGUGGUCCAUGGGGAGGAAAGGGUAAACGCGAUGGUUCAUCAGACGAAGAUGAAGACCGUAAACCCUCACCUGGCAAAGGUGGACGCCGUGGUCCACCGGAAGGCAAGGGUGAACGCCGUGGCCAAUGGGGAGGAAAGGGUAAACGCGAUGGUUUAUCAGAAGAAGAUGAAGGCCGUAAACCCUCACCUGGCAAAGGUGGACGCCCUGGUCCAGCGGACGGCAAGGCCAAAAAGGGAGAUUAACAUCCUAAGCAAGACAAGGACAAAAGUGCCAGUGUCCAGUUCAAAUAAGCUGACAGCGUUGAAUCCACCCUUCCAUUUCGCCAGUACCUGCCCCUCGUUAGUAAGCAACAACUGACCGGCUUGCAAUUAAUUUUUUGAUCUUCGACUACUACUAAUGUUAAGAUCACUUAAAUUCUGCCAAGAAAACUUUGCAUUUUAAAACGCUUCCGUUACAGUUUCCAACUAAAAUGUUACAUACUGAUGUAAAGAAUACUUUUUAUAAUUGUGUGUUUAUGCUACUGACCAUCAUGUGCACCAGCAGCCGUGCACUAUAAUCCCAUGUUACUCUUCUUGAAUUGUAAAAAAUGCCAAAGAGCAAAACAACAAUCUAAACAACGUGUAUUAUUCACACGAAAUGCUUGGUCUAAAGUAUGUUGCACUAAUAAAGCUUUAAACCUC